CUGUGGGAGCAGUGGGUGGAUACAUGUGAGUACUGGUUGUCCGGAGGAGGAGAAGCUCUCGUUCAGUGACCGCCUGCCACACGCUUUGAACGGAUGCUACACGGAUUCUAAUCGUGUUCACUUCAUGGCCAAAGACAAUCCAGCGGUUUUCCUGAUUUCCCAACCCGCCGGUGGAGACUCCGCUCCGGCCUGAAGUGCCGCCCAUCUCCCCGCCGCUGUGAACCUGGAGGAGCGACGCCGCCUAGUGACGAGCAUCCAACAUGACAGGGGUUUGUGGUUGCUGCGGGGCUCUCCGGCCUCGGUACAAGAGACUGGUAGACAACAUCUUCCCAGAAGACCCAGAGGAUGGGCUGGUGAAAGCCAACAUGGAGAAGCUGACAUUUUAUGCCCUGUCAGCUCCAGAGAAGCUCGACCGUAUCGGAGCUUACCUGUCAGAGAGAUUGUCAAGGGAUGUGGCCCGACACAGAUAUGGCUACGUGUGCAUAGCCAUGGAGGCUCUGGACCAGCUGCUGAUGGCCUGCCACUGUCAGAGCAUCAACCUGUUCGUGGAGAGUUUUCUGAAGAUGGUGCGCAAGCUGCUCGAGUCCGAUAAACCCAAUCUACAGAUCCUAGGAACCAACUCGUUUGUGAAGUUUGCCAACAUAGAAGAGGACACGCCGUCGUACCACCGCAGUUAUGACUUCUUUGUGUCGCGCUUCAGUGAGAUGUGCCACUCCAGUUACGAGGACCCUGACAUCCGCACCAAGAUCCGUAUGGCAGGAAUCAAGGGUCUGCAGGGUGUGGUGAGGAAGACUGUGAAUGAUGAGCUCCAGGCCAACAUCUGGGACCCUCAGCACAUGGACAAGAUCGUCCCCUCUCUGCUUUUCAACCUGCAGAGUGGAGAGCGUACAGAGAGCCGCUCCCCUUCACCGCUGCAGGCGUCCGAGAAGGAGAAGGAGAGCCCGGUGGAGCUGACGGAGCGCUGCUUCAGGGAGCUGCUGGGACGAGCUGCCUAUGGCAACAUCAAGAAUGCCAUCACACCCGUGCUAAUGCACUUAGAUAACCACUCUCUAUGGGAGGGGAAGACUUUUGCGGUGCGCUGCUUCAAAAUCAUCAUGUACUCCAUCCAGUCUCAGCACUCUCACCUGGUCAUCCAGCAGCUCCUCGGUCACCUGGACGCUAACAGCAAGAACUCAGCCACAGUGCGAGCUGGGAUAGUGGAGGUUUUGCUGGAGGCAGCUGCCAUUGCAGCCAGCGGCUCUGUUGGCCCCACAGUUUUGGAGGUCUUCAACACUCUGCUGCGGCAGCUUCGCCUCAGUGUGGACUACGAGUUGACCGGCUCCUACGACGGCAACAUCGGCACCAAGAUCAUCAAAGCUCACGAGGAGCGGCAGCUGCAGGAGGCCGUCAUCAGGACCAUCGGUUCAUUUGCCAACACUCUACCAACAUACCAGAGAUCAGAGGUCAUGCUUUUCAUUAUGGGCAAGAUCCCUGUCCCUGGGGUUCACCUGGCUCUGCUGUCCACAGGCUCCGGGCCUGAGGGCACCAGGAUGAUUCAGAUCAUGUUGCUGAAGUCCCUGGUUCAGGUGACGGCAGGUUUCCAGACCACCAACAUGCUGACUGCGCUGCCGAGCUCCUUCCUGGAGCCGCUGCUGUCCUUCUAUCUGACCGAGGAUCCAGAGAUUCGACUGCUAGUGCUCCAGAUCCUCCUCAGUCUGAUCGACCGGCACGACAACCAGCCCAAGUUUGAAAACAUUAGCAUCAUCUCGGACAUCUCCAUUCUCAAGCUCAAAGUUGACAAGUGCUCCAGACAGGACAACUUAUUCAUGAAGAAGCAUGGCCAGCAGCUGUACCGACACAUCUACCUGGGCUGUAAGGAGCAGAGCAGUGGUCCUCAGCACUACGAGACCCUUUUCGCUCUGUUGGGCCUUCUCAGCGUGGAGCUGGCCAACGAAGAGGUGGUGGUGGACCUCAUUCGCCUGGCACUCGCACUGCAGGACCUGGCUCUGUCCACCGAUGAGGCCAUGCCUGUUUACAACCGCUGUGCUGUUCACGCCCUCGCCGCCGCCUACCUCAACCUCAUCUGCCAGCUCACCACCGUCCCAGCCUUCUGCCAGCACAUACACGAGGUGAUUGAGGUCAGACAGAAGGAAAGUCCCCACCUUCUACCUGAGGACGUUUUCAUUGAUGACCCCAAGCUGCCUUCCUCACUGGAGAAGGUAGAAGGGGAUGUUUUGUUCCUUCAGUCGAAGAUCACCGAGGUUCUCGGAGGCAGUGGUUACAACACAGACAGACUGGCUACGCCUUAUGUCCCUCAGUUUACAGAUGAGGACCGUCUGUCCAAGAGAAAGAGCAUCGGUGAGACCAUCUCUCUCCAGGUGGAGGUGGAGUCCCGAAACAGUCCAGAGAAAGAGGAGCGGACACCGGCAGAGGAGAUCACAUUUGAAACCCUGAAAAAUGCCAUUGUGGACAGUGUUGGUAUGGAGGAGCAGGAGAGGGAGCGCAGGAGACAAGUGGUGGAGAAGUUUCAGAAGGCCCCCUUUGAGGAAAUAGCUGCCCACUGCGGUGCCAGGGCAACUCUACUGCAGAGUAAACUAAAUCAGAUCUUUGAGAUCACAAUCAGACCCCCGCCCAGCCCAUCUGGAACCAUCUCGUCAGGUUACGGCCAAACUCAGAGUCGAUCCGUGCCCAUCUACGAGAUGAAGUUCCCUGACCUGUGCGUGUACUAAACCACGGAAAAGAUGCAAACCAAUCCUCACUGUAAAAGCAUCAGAACCAAGGAUGUGAGGAGAACAAGCCAACUAAAGAGCAAGCCACUUUUUGUUUAACUUAGCUAAGAUGACGAUUCUUUUUUCUCCCCCUUCUGUGACCGCAGACAAACCUGCUUACGCCAGUAAAUGCAGCAGUCAUACUUUUUUUAUUUAAUUCCUUUCAGUUCUUCCUUAUAUGUGUGUAAAAACUCCACUGGCUGGAUUUUUAAGUUGAGACGUUGCCAAGAACUGUGAGUUAAAGAGGAUGUGACAGACUCAGACUUUAUAUUUUAUUGGCUUUAGAAUGAAUUAACCCGUUGCACGCCCAGGAACUGAAACACUACUAAUUCUUGACAUUCUUUCUGUCCCUUACAGGGUGCCAUACUAACCUGAAUAACACAACGAGAUUGACCAGUCAUGUUUAUUUUCUCAUGAUGUUUUAUAUUGUAAUUGUUUUAUAUAUGUUUUGGCCGGGAAGAGAGUAUAUGAGUUACAUUUUAAAUUUAAAUAUUGUUCUUUUGAGUUUGAUUGUUGUCUCCCAUGUUCUGCAGCUCGUCUUUAGUCUUUUUAUCGCUUUUCGUUUUGCCUUUUUAGUGUAACAGCCAAAAGUGCUUCUUUCUUUAACGACGGCUUUUUUAAUUUCCUACACCUACUUUUAAGUCUCAUUAUAAUGUUGUCGUUUUUAUCUGUGAUUGAAAUGAAAGAUGACUGUGUGUGCUAUCCUCCAAAGUGAGUGUGCCUUACGGGUGACUCAAGCUAAGACACAAAAACACACGAUUCGUGACCACACUCGAGUUGCGUUUACCAGAUCAGACACUAGACAAAUAACUAAGGAUCCUUUAUUAUGUUUUUCUUCCCAUAUAAAUGUGUAUAUACAGAGAAAUAUAUAAAUCUUAAAGCUGAUGUACAGAGUAGGGAUGUUCUCGUGUGUGUGUGUCUGUGUAUAUAUAUAUUGUAUAUUAACUCUAAUUUUAGACUGCCACUGCACUGAUUGUGUCCGUAGAUGACGGAGAAAGCUACGUAGUUUGUAUUCCGAUAUUUUUUUUUUUGUUAAAAUCUCAAAUUAAUAAUCAGCAACACAUGAAAUUAAAUUAUACAUUGUUGAGUAGUAAUGUUUUGCAUCAUCACAAGGGCAGAGGAUCACAUUAUUCAUGUAUUAAUGAACACAUCUGAUCUGCAAGGUUUCAGCACCAUCACUCUGACCUGUACCGUGGCCAUUCCCCCCCGACUCCUGCUGGAAUGAGUUUUCAUUCUCUUUUAGACACUUAAACGCUCCAAGCCGUGCAUCUUUUUCAUACAGCGAGACGUAAGCGAGUCUAAAAGCCAUUUUGUGUGUUCGCAAACACACACAGGUAUUAAAAAAACUUAAGUAUAAUGGCAAUAAAGUGGCACGAGCCUGGCUGACACGGCCCAACUAGAGGUAGCAGAUCCUUUUGUGUGAGUGACGUCGUGUCUUCCGUUGUCGUCGUGCUGUGAUGGUUCAGUUUAGUGAAAUCCUAAGAGGCCGUCUCUCCCGCUCCCGUGCUUCUGUGACCUGACUGUCUUGUUUGAUGUGGAAGAUGGCGUUUGGUUUAUUCCCUAUUGUCAUUCGCUGUAGUCCAGUUUUAGUUUUUUUUUUUUACACAAUGUGGUGUCCCCCUGUACGUGUAUCUAUGUCCACACAUGCCAGUGUAUCAGAUUGUCGGUUCAUGUUUACCAUUUGGUCAGUGUACCUGCAUUUAUGUGAGUGAGCGUGCACGUCUGAACAUUCAUGCCGAUGUGCGUCUUUGCUCAUUAAGACCAAACUCAUCACACACAGUUUACAGUGUCUGUCCAGUGGCUCUUUCCACCGUGUUAACGAAGAUCAAGCCGAAGCCUUCCAGCGACACGUCGUAGAAUAAUCUUUUACUCAACCUAGCAAUGACGACCGCCCUGUGAACCUGUCAGCUGUGUGCUUGUUGAUGUCGCAUAGUGUGAUAUUAUUAACUGACGGUAAUUCAAUCUUACUUUUGUCAUUACAUGUUUGGUUAAUAUAGAUCUGUUUACAACGUAGUGCUGUAGGUCAACUCUAUUCAUUCUGUGAACUUUGCACUUUAAAAACUGGAUUACCUAGUGACAAAGGCAGCUUUUACGAGGAGAAAAUGCCUUAUGAGUGUCAUACCUGACUCUGCAUGCUAGUGAUGUUGCUGUGUUGUACAAUAAAACUGUCUAAGCAUAAAAA